AUGUUGGCUAGUACACAAUUUGAAAGCGUUUUUGCUCGACGAGCAUUUCCCUGUUUUGAUGAGCCUACUUAUAAAGCAAAUUUUGAUAUUCAAUUGGAAGUUGAUGAACAAUUAACUGCUUUAUCUAAUAUGAAUGUUACUGAAGAAAAAAUUAUUGGAAAUGGCAAAAAAUUGGUGACAUUUGCCAGAACUCCAUUAAUGUCCACUUAUUUGGUUGCUUUUGCUUCAAAAACAAAUGAUGGAUGUAUUGUUCGUGUUUAUACUGUGCCCGGGAAGAAAGAUAAAGGACAUUAUUCACUUUCAGUUGCCGUUAAAGCUAUUGAAUGGUUUUCUGAAUGGUAUGGAAUUAAAAUGCCUCUUCCAAAAUGUGACUUGAUUGCAAUUCCUGAAUUUUCUAUGGGUGCUAUGGAAAAUUGGGGUUUAAUAACUUUUCGUGAAUCCGCUCUCCUUUGUGAUCCUGUAUUGACCUCUUCAUCUACAAAGCAAAAUAUUACUCAAACAGUAGUUCACGAAGUUGGUCAUUUCUGGUUUGGUAAUUUGACAACAAUGAAAUGGUGGUGUGAUUUAUGGUUGAAAGAAGGUUUUGCUACAUUUAUGGAAUUUGUAAUGAGUGGUUAUAAUUAUCCUGAAUUUAAAUUAUGGCUCCACUUUGUUAGCUCUCAAACAGUUUCUGCAAUGGGGAGAGAUUCAAUGAGAAAUUCACAUCCAAUUGAAUUUCCAAUUAACAAUCCAAAUGAAUUAGAAGAUAUCUAUGAUAGUAUUACUUAUGAUAAGUCGAAUUGUGUUAUUAGAAUGUUGUUUAAUUAUUUGGGUGAACCAGCCUUUCAGAAGGGUGCACAAAUUUAUUUGGAUCGUUUUAAAUAUUCUAAUGCAACAACUGAUGAUCUUUGGAAAUGCUUGAGUGAAGCAUCAGGAGUUGAUGUUGGUUCUUUAAUGUCUUCUUGGACACAACAAGUUGGUUUUCCUUUGGUAACUGUCCAAGAAAAAAUUUUGGAUGGUGAUAAACGUGAAUUGACUUUAAAACAAAGACGUUUUCUUAUUGAUGGCAGUAUUGAUGAAAAUAAACCAGUUUGGCAAAUUCCAGUUUCUGUAACUGUUCGAUCUGAUCCUUCAAAGCCUGCGGCAAAGUUUUUAUUAACCAAAGAAGAAGAUAAAUUUGUUAUUGAGGGUGUUAAGUCAUCAGAAUGGAUUAAGCUUCUUCAAGGAAUUCAAGACAAAGAACUUGAUGUUAUUGAUAGAUUUCAGAUUGCUGAUGACCUUUUUGAGGUAAUCACUGCUGGACUGCUUCCUAUUUCGCAAUUUUUGGAAUUUUUUUCUGUUUGCGGUAAGGAAGAUAAUUUAAUUGUCUGGCAAUCUAUUAUCUCCUGUCUUUCACAAAUAAACCAUAUUCUUAUUAAUUUGGACGAUGAUGGUCGAUUAUUGGAGAGAUUUAAUCGCUUUGUUUGUAAAGUCAUUGAGCCUGUUGCUGAGCGUUAUGGAUGGGAGCCUAAGGAAGGAGAAGAUAUGCAAACAUCCCAAUUGCGUUCUUUGCUAAUUGGUCGUUUAAGUCGGUCUAAACAUCUUCCAACUAUAGAAGUGGCAUUAAAUAAAUUUAAAGCGCAUGUAGAGAAAGGAGCUGAACUUGUUCCAGAACUGCGUUCUGUUAUUUAUGCAACUGCCGCUAGGUCCAACGAUGCCAAAAUUAUUGAGGCAUUACAGAAUAUUUUGACUACUUGUAACUUUGCUGAAAUCGAAAGUACAUGUAUUAUGGCUCUCGGUCAAUGCACAGAUUUAAAACUUUUGGAGCAAAUAUUUAAUCAUGGAAUUCUUGAUAAUAACAUUAGAAGUCAAGAUAUUUUUAAGCUUUUUGCAUCAGUAAAUUGUUCUACUAAUUCUGCAGCUCAACGUUUUGCCUGGAAUUUUUUCAAAGAUAAUAUUGAUUUAAUGACAAAUCUUUGGGAUCCAUCUUCCUCUUUGUUCGAGAAAGCUCUUUCGAUGAGUUCAAAUCAUUUUUGCUCCGCUUCUGAUUCUAAUGACUUUCAGGUCCUUUAA